AUGGACACAUCCUACAACUCCGUUACAGACUAUGGCUCCUACAAGGCCAAUAUUUUCACACAUAGACUCCCUGAAUCCACCGCCCAGCAGUCACCUCCGUUGGUUGCCUUGCAUCACAGAUUGCGUUUGCCAGAAAGCUAUAGUUUGUCGACGUUGUCGCAGGCACUCAACUGUGAAAACAGCACUGGCUUGGCUAACAACUACGGCUUGAGCAUCCUUGGCCGGAACUUACUAGCAUACUACGUCAGCGAAUCCUUGUUGAUGAACUACCCUAGGCUUCCAUUGCCUGUGCACAACGAGGCCACCAACGCAUACAUGGGCCCGUAUAGCUUGGCUGAAAUCGGUCGCUCGUGGACCAAGUUAGAAAAGCAUAUCUCCAACGAGCCGGAAUUCAUCAAGUACGGCAAGUUGCGUUUCUUGACCGAGGAAGAAAAAGACAUGCCUCAAGAGGAAGGCAUCCAAGAGUUGAGUAGCAACGGAUUGGGCAUGUUCGACGAAAAGACACAGACCUUCUUGACCAAAGAGGAAGAGGCCUACGUUCUGGCCGUGGCUGCCAUAAUUGGCGGUAUGUACACCCACGCUGGCGAGGAGGCUGCCAAAAAGUUCAUCCAGGCCCACAUCUUGUCCAGAAAGAUUCCUUUGAGCGAGAUGUUCCAGUUCAGCAGACCCACCAGGGAAUUGACCAGAGUUUGUGACAAAUUGGCCCUUGAAGACCCACUAGAAAUCAGACUUAUCUCCGAGACCGGUAGAUUGUCCACCCAUGCCAUGUUCGUGGCUGGUGCUUUCUCUGGAGGCCACAAGUUGGGCGAGGGUGUAGGUGGUUCUUUGAACGAGGCCAAGACGAGAGCUGUGGUGAAUGCAUUGUUGGCGUACUACAUGUACAGCCCUGUGAACGAACAGGGUGAAGAAAUCAAGCGUCCUAGCGAGGACAACUAUAAAUUUGAGGGGAUUGUUGGUUCUGGAGAUGUUGCAAUCUAA